GGUCGCCUCGAGAGAGUCCCCGCCCGGCCACCGACCGCCAACCGCGCUCCCUCCGUGUCUUCCCGUGCUCCGCUUGCUCCGGACGAGCCCCGCUGAGGGGGAUGCUCCGGGCACCACCUCCCGGGGCAGUUGCGCCUCUUAGCUCACUCCGGCGUCCCCAGCCGCGGCGGCCCCGGGAAGUUGUCUCGUGAGCCCGCGGCCCCCGGGUCUCCUCCUCCUGAGCCCCGCCCCCCGCCCAGCGCGGGGGACCGCAGAGCCGCCCGGCCCGGGGGCGUCGCCGCUCGCUCUCCGGAGCCCGCGGAGUCCGCGAAACCAGCGCUGCUGGCGAGCGUCCGCUCCCCUGCAAGCAGCGCGCUUGGCUCGGAAGCCCGGGGACCCCUGCGCAGCCCCGCCACGGCGCGCGCCCAGAGCGCGGGAGCCCGGAGCACCGGGCGCCUGGGACCCCGCGCAGCCUCUGGCCAGCCCGCGGGGCUCGGCAGGGAUGUGGGCUGUGCUGUGAGCCCGGGCGCCAGGGCCAUGGCCGGCGCCCGCUGCCGGACCCUGUACCCCUUCUCUGGGGAGCGGCACAGCCAGGGGCUGCGCUUCGCUGCGGGCGAGCUGCUCACGCUGCUUCAGGUCCCGGACGGCGGAUGGUGGGAAGGCGAGAAGGACGACGGGCUCCGUGGCUGGUUCCCCGCCAGCUACGUGCAACUGCUGGAGAAGCCUGGGAUGGUCCCCCCUCCGCCAGGAGAGGAGAGCCAGACGGUCAUCCUUCCACCUGGCUGGCACAGCUACUUGUCUCCUCAGGGCCGCCGUUACUAUGUCAACACGACUACCAAUGAGACCACCUGGGAAUGUCCCAGCAGUUCUUCUGGGAUUUCAGCCAGCCCUGGCCCUCACAGGGGCUCUCUGCCUCCAACAGUGAAUGGAUACCACGCAUCAGGGACCCCGGCGCACCCUCCAGAGACUGCCCACAUGAGUCUCCGAAAAUCCACCGGUGAUUCCCAGAACCUGGGAUCCUCGUCGCCAGGCAAGAAACAGAGCAAAGAAAACACCAUCACAAUAAACUGUGUGACAUUCCCUCACCCAGACACAAUGCCUGAACAGCAACUGCUCAAGCCGACUGAGUGGAGCUAUUGCGACUACUUCUGGGCGGAUAAGAAGGACCCACAAGGCAAUGGCACAGUGGCUGGGUUUGAACUGCUGCUGCAGAAGCAACUGAAAGGCAAGCAGAUGCAGAAGGAGAUGUCUGAGUUCAUCCGAGAAAGGAUAAAGAUUGAAGAAGAAUAUGCAAAGAACCUUGCUAAGCUCUCUCAGAACUCCUUGGCUGCCCAGGAGGAAGGCUCCCUGGGAGAGGCGUGGGCCCAAGUAAAGAAGAGCCUGGCGGAUGAGGCUGAAGUUCACCUCAAGUUCUCUGCCAAGCUCCACAGCGAGGUGGAGAAACCCCUGAUGAACUUCCGAGAGAACUUCAAGAAGGACAUGAAAAAGUGUGACCACCACAUCGCUGACCUCCGUAAGCAGCUGGCCAGCCGCUAUGCCUCAGUGGAGAAGGCCCGCAAAGCCCUCACAGAGCGGCAGAAAGACCUGGAGAUGAAGACCCAGCAGCUGGAGAUCAAGUUGAGCAACAAGACUGAGGAGGACAUCAAGAAGGCGCGGAGGAAGUCCACUCAGGCCGGAGAUGAUCUCAUGCGCUGUGUGGACCUCUACAACCAGGCCCAGUCCAAGUGGUUUGAAGAGAUGGUGACGACCACCCUGGAGCUGGAGCGGCUGGAGGUGGAGAGGGUGGAGAUGAUCCGACAACAUCUGUGCCAGUACACACAGCUGCGGCACGAGACAGACAUGUUCAACCAAAGCACAGUCGAGCCUGUGGACCAACUGCUGCGAAAAGUGGACCCAGCCAAAGACAGAGAGCUAUGGGUCAGAGAGCACAAAACAGGCAACAUUCGCCCAGUGGACAUGGAGAUCUAGAAGUGACUGUAUGGUCCUGGGGGUCCUGCUGAGGAGAGGGGCUGGGGAUCCCAUGGAGAAGGGCUGUAUCUGCCCUAUUACCUGCUAAUCUAUCCAGGGAAAAGGAGGAAAAGAGAGUGAUUCCCGAAGGAGGGCCCAGCCAGGGGCUCCCCAAUAUUCCCAGGCCAUAAUGAUGGACCCACAGCCCCAACUUCACCUCGAAGACUGGAGCCUCCCCUCCAACCCCCAUGCUGUGCUUGUCACUCUGAGAACCAACUGAGGCUAGAACCCUGGGGUCCCAGCUGAGUUCCACAGGGGUGGCCAUCACACACCUGUGCCCCAUGUAUCCAAGGCCUGUCCUCUAUCGGGAUUGUCAUCUCCAGGACCAUGGAAGGGGAAGGGGGUGGUGUCUCUGUCUCCAAACAAUGUCAGGAUCAGGAUCGAGGACAGGAGGGAAAGUGAAGUCCGCAUCCUGUUCCACAACAUUUUUUAGUCCUCCCUUUGCUUCCCCCUUUGCUUUGUAGGAGCCCACAUCUAUUUUUUUCAUCUCCCUCAAGAAUGGUGGAGUUUCUUCCCAACCCAAA